CACCGCCUCAGUCAGUUUCGUGCGAGAGAUCUGUGCGCGACGAGCCAAGUAUAAGUUCUGCUCCAUGCGGACACCGCCGAGCUGACAGUGCUGGUGCAUUUUGCGAACGAACCACCCCGUGACACUUUUUCCCUUCGCCAAUUCUGCACGAUGCUGGCGGAUCAGCCAGCUGCUGCUGCGGCGGCCACGGGGCUCAAAACUGCGCAAGGUGGAGGUAACUCAGGGUCAUCGUCGUCCUCCGGCUGGUGCGGCAUGGUGUCCAGGGUGUUCAAGGUGCACGGCAGCUUCUGCGCGUCGCACCCUUGGGAGGUGAUCGUCGCCACCCUGACCCUGACCGUGUGCGUGCUCAGCGUGGAGACCAGGGCUGCCCUGCAGGACGCCACCGCCAACCCAGCGCCCACCUGCAACGCCUGGCGGAGGAACUGCCCAUCCGGACUCGAGCCCGAGUACAAUGCGGCCGACGUGAUUGUCAUGACCCUCAUCAGAUGCGUGGCCUUACUCUACAGCUACCACCAGUUUCGCACUCUCAGCAAAAUGGGCUCCAAAUACAUCCUGGGCAUCGCCGGCCUCUUCACGGUCUUUUCCAGCUUCGUCUUCAGCUCGAGCGUGAUCAAUUUCCUGCGCAGCGACGUUUCCGACCUCAAGGAUGCUUUGUUCUUCUUCCUUUUGUUGAUCGACCUGUCGAAAACAACUCUGCUGGCUCGGCUGGCUUUGAGCUCCAACAGCCAGGCCGAAGUGCGCAACAACAUUGCUCGCGGCAUGGCGAUCGUCGGCCCCACAAUCACCCUUGACACAGUGGUGGAGACUCUGGUCAUUGGCGUUGGCACUCUAUCUGGAGUGCGCCGUUUGGAGGUUCUCUGCGGCUUUGCUGUCCUAUCAGUACUUGUCAAUUACAUUGUGUUCAUGACGUUCUACCCGGCUUGCUUGUCAUUAAUCUUGGAGCUGACGAGAAACAGCGAAGAGAACCGUCCCUUGUGGAACGACAAGUCAAUCAUUCUCGGUCUGCAGGAGGAGGAACAAAAGCCGAAUCCCGUCGUCCAGAGAGUCAAAGUCAUCAUGUCGGCCGGUCUAAUGCUGGUUCACGCGAGAAGCCGCUGGCCAUUCCGUACCGAGGAGGAGGAUAUUCUAAAAGUUGCUUCACCGGCCGGAUCUCUCGGGACAGAACACAAUAUGCCUUCCAAUAAUACUGAAGAAGCUGAAAUUCCUGCCUUGAUUAUGAAGUGGUUGACUGUUAGUGCCGACCAGGUUGUGAUUUUAAUUCUGCUGCUCGCUCUUGCUGUGAAAUAUGUAUUCUUCGAAGAGCGGGACGAACUUGCCGAACAGCUCCUUUUGCCUGAAACCCCCACAGGAGAGGAAGCAAAUACUGCCCGACUUAACUUACUGCUGCGAAGGCGCUUCGGCCCUCCUGGCUAUGAGCCAUUGUGCCAAGCCGAGGCUGCCGACAAAGCCCCCAUGGAGGAUAGAGGUGUCCAAACAGACCAUUGCUCCUCAGCCUCCUUCUGUCUUGGCUCGACCCCAAGUGAGGAGGCCCUUGACGAAGCCACCGACGCCUCCACAAUCACCCCUCCCCAAACGCCAGCUCUGAAGAGGAACCUGGACGAGUGCCUCACAAUCUUCCGUUCAGUGGAGGGCGCUGCAGCACUGUCUGACGAAGAGGUGAUCCACCUUGUCAGCCACGGACACAUUCCUCCUUACCAGAUCGAAAAGGCUGUCAGUGAUUUUGAGAGAGGCGUCUGCAUCAGGCGGCAAAUCAUCGGAAAGGCUGGAAGUUUCAUCGAGGCGCUGGAGAAUCUGCCUUUCAGAAAUUACGAUUAUUCUAAAGUUAUGGGAUCCUGUUGUGAAAAUGUGAUUGGCUACAUGCCAGUUCCUGUUGGUGUUGUCGGUCCCCUGAGGUUGGACAGCGACAGCUACUACGUGCCUAUGGCCACGACUGAGGGCUGCCUUGUGGCCAGCACACACCGUGGUUGCAAAGCAGUAAUGACAUGUGGCGUCUCCAGCCGAGUCGUAGCUGACGGCAUGACCAGAGGACCCGUUGUCCGUUUCCCCUCAAUGACCAGAGCAAGUGACGCUAUGCACUGGAUAGAACAGUUGGACAAUUACGAGCAGCUGAAGGAGAGUUUUGACUCGACCAGUCGCUUUGCCAGGCUCAAAAGGCUGCAUGUUAGGAUAGCAGGACGACAUUUGUUCAUCCGGUUUGUUGCCACCACAGGUGACGCAAUGGGCAUGAACAUGCUUUCAAAGGGCACUGAAUACGCACUGAAACUCAUUCAAAAAGCAUUCCCUGAGAUGGAGAUUUUGAGUCUUUCAGGAAAUUUCUGCACAGACAAAAAACCAGCAGCAGUCAAUUGGAUUGAAGGCCGAGGAAAGUACGUAGUCUGUGAAGCCAUCAUUCCAUCUAAAAUUGUGACCACCGUGCUCAAGACCUCGGUUCAAGCCUUGAUUGAUGUCAAUAUUGCCAAAAAUAUGAUGGGUAGCGCCAUGGCUGGCAGCAUAGGCGGUUUCAACGCACACGCAGCAAACAUUGUCACAGCUAUCUAUAUUGCCACUGGACAAGACCCUGCACAAAAUGUGGGCAGCAGCAAUUGUAUGACCCUGAUGGAGCCUUGGGGAGAAGAUGGGAAGGACCUUUAUGUCACCUGCACCAUGCCCUCCAUUGAAAUCGGAACCGUUGGUGGCGGCACCACCCUUCCCGCACAAGCUUCCUGCCUAGACAUUCUCCGUGUUAAAGGCGCCAGCAAAACCAACCCAGGAGAAAACGCAGACACUUUGGCCAGGAUUGUGUGCGGCACCGUCCUUGCUGGUGAACUUUCCCUGAUGUCCGCCUUGGCAGCUGGACAUUUGGUCAGAAGCCACCUCAGGCACAACAGGUCAUCUACCUCCAACACAUCGAUGGAGGCGGCGGUAACGUCCGCCUUGUUCAGCUCUCAAACACACUGACCUGCUUGACCCUCAGAUUGGUGAUCAUCCCACUGCCCACCGAUCAUGCAACAGACACUUAAAAUCCUCUUCUUCUCUGCUUCGGAGAAUACCAUUGAAAAAAAGCAUUGUUGGCCAAAGUGGAUAAUUGAAACUUUCUAAGUAAACCUCAGCUUCGAGAAGUUCACUGAUACAUAUACGGGCACUUUUUCCCGCCCAAAUUGAGUGAUCAAAUGUGCGUAUCAUUUGUAAUAAGUGUGAAUGCUGAAAGUACGUAAAUGGUGUAAAUAAUUUUGUAAUUUUCAAUGAAGACAUUUUCCAUUUGCUACUCUUACCUCUAUUGCAAAAUGAGACAUGUUGAAAUUAUUUAGAAAAAAACGACUUGCUGAAGCGCACUAACAAUAAGUGAGGCUAAAAUUGGCUGAAAUUACUCAGCUGAUUGUGUUAUUAUUUAUGACUGUCGAUUUCAUUGAAAAUUGUGCCCCUGAUUUUGGAUUUUCCAUUACGGCACCUUGAAUUUGGUGGUCAAAUGUCGAUGCUCAGUGAGUGAUGAAGUGUUAGUUAUUUUUAUGGAUUGAGUCAGGUCUUCCCUGGAUGAGUACUUGUAUUUUUCAGCAAGUGCCUGUUUAUAAUAGGCCUAUAUUGUAAAUUUUAUUGUAACGGAUUAUUAAAGA